CCACGGCGUAGUCGCAAUACGUCCCGCCCUCAUAAAGACAAAGAUGUCGCAACCACCUUCGCCCCAUGAGGACGACGAUGCGCAGGAGGAUAAUGUUAUCCAUGACGAGGCUACGGAGGCUACGAUGUCGAGACCGGAGUCGGAUGGGGUAUCGAAGAGGGACCUAGAAAUCAUGAAGGGCAUUGUUGAUCACCUUACUGAGGCUAAGGACGAGAACGAUCGUGAAAUCACGUCGGUAUUCCAGCGCAUUGUAAACAAGAGAUUCCUUCCAGAUUACCACGAAGUCAUCAAGCAUCCCGUCGCCUUCAGCACAGUCAGGGGCAAAAUACUCAGGAAGCAGUACCCAAGCUGGAAGGAAUACGUGAGGGAUUUUGCGUAUAUGUCCCACAAUGCACAAGUAUACAAUCGACCCUCGGCCGAGGCCUACGGCGACGCCCUCAAACUCCGCGAAAUGGUGAAACUCGAACUAGCGAAGCUUGUGGACCAAAACAUCAUAUCUGCAGAGGACGCAGAAUAUCCCGAUCUGGGUGAAAUCCCCGAUGUCGAGGACUCCCCGCCUCCACAACCGGACGAGGAAAUGCAGAGCGAAGACGAGCCGGUCGAGGAUGACCGCGAGGAUGAAGACGAAGAUGAAGAUGAGGAAGAUGAUGUUGAUGACUCUGAUGACGAGGGCGCCCGCAGGAGACGACGCAAGGGGCCCCGCUCCUCUGCUGCCAUUACCAAGCGCGAAGGUGGCAAGGUUGAAGAUGGCUCCAAGGAAGAUGCGGAUGCACAUAAGAAGAGAGGAAGGCCACCGAAGGUCCACACACCAAUGGAAGCGCGUAUCAAUACCAUUCUUAAGGGUCUCAGGAAGUUCAAGGAUGAAAAGGGAGACCUCAAGGUUCUACACUUCGAAAAGCCACCGGACAAGACUCUAUUUCCUGAGUACUAUCAAGAGAUCAAGAACCCAAUUGCGCUGGACAUGAUCAAGAGGAAGGCCAAGCGCAAGAAGUAUAACUCGGUUGAUGCUGUCAUGAAAGAUCUGGAGCUCAUGUUCGAUAACGCCAAAGAAUACAAUCUUGAAGAUAGCGAGGUCUAUAUAUGCGCCACCGACUUGCAAAGAGAGGCUCGGAUACUUGCAGAACAGGAGAAAACUAAGCCGGAUAGUGCUUACGUCGAUGAAGACGGCAGGCUUCCUCUACCUGAAAUCCUCCACAAUGGUGAGAUUUGGAAGGUUGGUGACUGGGUCCAUCUCCAGAACCCGAACGACCUCACAAAGCCAAUUGUGGCUCAAAUUUACCGCACUUGGCAAGAUCCGGAAGGACAGAAGUGGAUCAACGCCUGUUGGUAUUAUCGGCCAGAACAAACGGUUCACCGCUAUGAAAAGCACUUCUUUGAGAAUGAGGUUGUGAAGACCGGACAAUAUCGCGAUCACCACAUCGACGAGGUUGUCGAUCGCUGUUUUGUUAUGUUCUUCACCCGAUUCAAUAAAGGCCGCCCACGAGGAUUUCCACCUGACAAAGAAGUUUACGUCUGCGAGGCGAGAUACAACGAGGAUAAAUUCAAGCUCAACAAGAUUAAGACCUGGGCUAGUUGCGUACCAGACGAAGUGCGAGAGAAGGAUUACGAAAUGGAUCUAUUUGACGUGCCAAGAAAGAUGAAGAAGGUUCCUAGCCCGAUCAAACACUUACUUCGCGAGGACGCAAAGGAAGACGACCCUCUUCCAAAGCCAACUUGGGGUGCAGCUAACGCCCCUCCGAUUGUGGGCGCCGUUCAUAAGCGACCCCGCGAGGCAAACGAAUCCCCACCUCCAGAGCCAACACCUUCACCUCCACCUCCCCGCCCCGUGGAGCCUGUCCGCCGCUCUAUCACCACUGAACGUGCAACAACUUACGGUCAAAGCGACACCCCAAUGGGCAACAUGCAGAACACAGCUCCAUCUCCAGCCCCAGCGCAACAAACGCUGAACUCAUACGGCCAGCAGUCCUCUGCCGUUCGCCCUUCGGCUUCACCCGCUCCCCAGCUCCACCAACAGUCAUCCUAUGCUUCUUACGCUACCGUUGAUGCACCACCUCCCCAAACCCCAUCGUUCGCACCAUCCACAACCCACAACAACUAUGCUGCGACCCAUGCUCCGCCCUCCACGGCCCACGCGUCUGUCCUCCAACACCCCGGCACCCCCAACCCCCUCGCCAACUACGACGGUGGCUACGCCCGCUCAGUUCCCCAGCCGCGCAACUAUGCAGCACCUCCCGCCGGCUCGCACACCAAUGCGUAUAACCCUCCUCGCUCGGUUGAGGUGUACCACCUGAGCGACGUCGCGAACGCGAGCAUUCCCCAAGACAUCCGCAGCCAGUUCCACCGCGACGAGCAUGAUCGGGUCUUGUUCUUCACUGCUCCACCACUGGAUGUGCCGAGGGUCCCGACCAAGGCGCGCGUUCUUGGUCACAGUCUGAAGUACCUUGCUAAGAAGCUGAAAGAUGCGGACGCACUUGCUGAGGCGCGGAAGGAGAGGGAUAAGAAGCUGGAGCAGGUGGCGGGUGAGAAGAGGAAGAGAGCUGAGGAGGAGGAGGAGAAGCUCGCGGAGGAAGUGGAGAAGGUGAAGAUCCGUGCAUUUGAGGCGUGGAAUCGAGAUAUGGAGAGGCGUACGCUGGCAAUAUACGAGCGGAUGUUUGGUGCUGAUGGGAAGGCGGUGAUGGAGGAGGAGAGGUUGAGACUCGAGAAAGUACAUGCUGAGACAAAGCUAGAGAAUGAGGCGUCGGAGAGGCGUGAGCGAGAGAUGAUGGAGAGCCUGAAAGUGCGGAUCUAUAGGUAAUUUUUUCAGAGACGUUAGGGAAGAUGCUGGUUUGAAGGUGCGACGAUUGUCGGGAUAUGGCGUUAUGGAUUGGGGGGGUUAGGAAUCUAGGGAGCUUAUGCAGGUUUGAGGCUGAGAUGGUCUCGCAGGGUUGUCAUUAUACUGUAACAUCAGGCUCACUACGCUGUACUUUGCUAUGAGGCAUCGCUGCUUCACAAGGUCUGUGAGUAUUAUGUACCUUAGUAAAUCAAGAAAUUAUUU